GUAAAUGAGUUGUCGCUGUCGUCGUCCGCGCUUCUAGCAAACACAAGCCAGACUGCGUACUUCAUAUACGAUGUCGCUAAGCAUCUUGAAGAGCAUCGUAUGAUAUCUUUACUGUGUCUUUAUCUAAAAAUGUAAAUUUGAAGCCGCAACCAAAUAAUUAACACAUUAUCUGUGCUUUAAAGGCGUCUGUUAGCUACCAAGCUAAUAUAGCAUCAUGAUGUUUACGUGUUGCUAGCUUAGCUUCCUAUCGACCUGUGGAUAAACAGUUAGCUCACACUCUGACUGAUAACAUGGCAGAUUCAUCGCCGUUAUCGGGGGUUAACGUGGUGCUGGUUAUGGCCUAUGGGAGCUUGGUGUUUGUGCUGCUGUUUAUCUUCGUCAAAAGACAAAUCAUGCGUUUCGCCAUGAGAUCUCGCAGAGGACCACAUGCACCUAUUGGCCACAAUGCACCUAAGGGUCUGAGGGAGAAGAUUGAUUCCAGACUGUCAAAGGUCCAGGAGAUCCGUUUUGAACCUCGCCUCCUAUCAGAAGAUGAUGACAGGCUGAAGCACGGAUCACAGAUUAGUUGCUACAAUUACCUGUACAGGAUGAAAGCCCUGGAUGCCAUCCGUGACUCGGGUAUUCCCCUGCAGGAGAUCAGCCGCUGUCCCAGUGCGUUUACCGGACGGAAUUUCCGGAGCUGGCUGUUGGAGUUGCGUAACUCCCACUCGCUGAUCAAGAGCAGCCGCAGCGCUCUAAUCGACCGUUUGCUCGAAGGCUACGACAGCGCUCGACACGGGACCGGGGUGUUUGGAGAAGCUGAGUUUCUUGAAUAUGAACAGGCUCUCAGUGAACUGGCUGAUGUGGUAAAGGCCUAUUCCAGCACCACCAGUCUGGACCAGCAUCACCAGUCCGCAGCCAAGGACCUGACGGGCUCCCCUGUCCGCAGCACCCCUUCAACCAUCCAGGUCACCUACCUGCCCUCCACCGGCCAGCGCAGCAAGAGGCCCAAACACUUCCUGGAGCUGAAAAGUUUUAAAGACAACUACAACACACUGGAGAGCACCCUGUGAGGGAGCGACACUCAGAACGUGCGUGCGUGCGUGCGUGCGUGCGUGCGUGCGUGCGUGCGUGGUUACACAAAGGGAAUCAAAAGUUGUUCUAUUUGAGCGUUAAAAUUCACCUUCAAGUUGAGAGAACGGUUAAGCUCUGAUAAAUUCAUACACUGGAUUUUUCAGGGCAUUAGAAAUGUUACACGGACAAAGGCAUGAUGUGCAUUUUAUAACAGCUGUUGAAGUGUUGCACUCAUCAAAUCUUUGGUCUCCAUACAAGAAAGACUUUCUGUUUUUGUGUUGAACUCCUGACUUUCUCCUGAUUUAGGAUCCGAACCAGUUCACAGGAACAUGAUUGUUGUAAACCUGGCAGAGUUUUCAUUGUAGAAACAGGAAAUGUAAAGUCAUAUUUAUGCUUCUCAUAUGUAAAUACCACGGUAAAACCUUUUGGAUUGUACAGAUUUAAGAUGUUUAUAUGGACAAUAAGUUAUUUUCUUGACAAUGUUUGAUUUGUAUUAAAAUGAGGUUAUACACUUGUGUGGUUCAAGAUUAAAAAAAACAACAAACCUUA